UUUUGUAUUUCCAGCCCUGCUGUCCUGCCUGAAAGGUUUUCCUCGAUUCCCAUAAACUUUUCAUAUUAAACUAUAAAAAAUGUCGAGCGGAAGAAACGAUUGCAGAAUCUACGUAGGAAAUUUGCCCCCAGAUAUACGCACCAAGGAUAUACAAGACCUUUUUUACAAGUUUGGUAAGGUGACGUUUGUAGAUUUGAAAAAUCGACGUGGGCCCCCUUUCGCCUUCGUAGAAUUUGAAGAUCCAAGGGAUGCCGAAGAUGCAGUACACGCAAGAGACGGCUACGAUUACGACGGUUACAGGCUCAGAGUUGAAUUUCCAAGAGGGGGUGGAAGCAGUGGUGGCGGUGGCGGCAGCAGUGGCGGACGAGGAGAAGGCCGUGGAGGUUUCAGAGGAGGCGGCAGAGGUGGACGUGGCAACAGAGGACCGCCAGCCAGGAGAAGUCAGUACAGAGUUUUGGUUACAGGACUGCCUCCUAGUGGUUCAUGGCAAGAUUUGAAGGAUCAUAUGAGAGAAGCUGGAGAUGUUUGUUUUGCUGAUGCCUUCAAAGAUGGCUCUGGAGUUGUAGAGUUUCUGAGGUACGAAGACAUGAAGUAUGCCAUUAAGAAGUUGGACGAUUCGAGAUUCAGAUCUCAUGAGGGAGAAGUAGCGUACAUUCGUGUGAAAGAAGACAAAGGAGGCAGCGACAGCCGUAGAUCUGGUGGUAGGUCUAGAUCGCGCUCGUUCUCGCCCCGCAGAAGAGGCUCUCCAACUUACAGUCCAGUCAAGAGGAGCUAUUCCAGGAGCAGAUCCCGUUCCUAAGGUGUUUUAUUGUGUUGUGAAGAAUAAUUUGGCUCUGACAAAAAGCACUUUAUAUUGCAUAAAUAUCAUUUUUUUUUAGACUAGAAUUAGGCUUAGUAAUGAAGCCCAUUAGUGUUUAGUAAGAAUUUGCCCAUAUGCUUUUUUUUAUUGUGACAGUGGUGGAAAAGUCCAAAUAGUGUUAUUGGAAUCUUUUUUUUAAACUUUAUUAUAAAAUUACUGACUUUGAAUUGGGGAUAAAUAGCUAGAUCAAGUCCUCAAAAGAAUUCAAUUAAACUGAUACAUACAAAACUAUAAUAACUAUACAAUAUUGUGUAAUACAAUUAACUAAUGCUGUAUUUUAUUUUUUAAUGUUGGAGAAAACAACGUUGGAUUAAAAAGGAAAAUACUGGGACUUGUUAAAAAUUGGAGGGACACCUCGGAUAAUGCGGACAAGGAGGAAAAUAUGGAUUUUUUAAAGGGUGGGAUUUUCUUAAAGUGAUUUUACCUGGGGGCCAUUUUUUAAAUAAUUCAAAAUACAUAUGUACCGAUAUGUUUGUUCCAACAAGAAAUUAGAAAUUAAUUGAUUAAUAAGAUAUUUUGAAAACGAGUAUCUGAUUGGUUUGAAAAAUUUGUGAUUCUUGUUGUAACACAACUAAUAUCAAAUAUCUGGGCUUCAUUUUGAUAAAUGGAUACAUUCAAAUCAUAAGGAUCUCAUAUCAAGUGAGGACAGAAAAAAAGGAAUGAAAAGGAUCCUAAGGAAUAUUCUGGACAAAAGGGUCUGAAAAUCUGGAAAAAGCUUUCCUGUCCAUUUGGAAUUUCUCUUGGAUUCUUAAAUAAAAUAAUAAAGUUGGAGCUCUAAGGAUUUCAUUCUUUGAUUUGUUCUCCUCGAUUCAGGAUUAUUCGCUAGACAGAAAAAGUGCCCUCCUCCAUAAUUAAAUUCGCCCUUAAGGAUAAAAUCGUAAACUCUUAAAAGGAUUAUAAAGGAUAGGAUUCCCUCAAGGAAGGAAAACGUUGAAACAGGUAUUUUCCUUUUUUUCUGUGUUUUAUUUUUCCAUCAUAUUGUGAGUUUUUUUGUUUCCUGUAUUCUUUUUUUCUGCAUGUUCAUUACUUUUUACAGGUUUAAAUUUAUAGGUGUAAUAAAUAA